UAGCUAGCUCCUGUAAACAAAGCUGUUCCGCCUGUCUGUUAAAACAACCAAAAAACUGCUUAACCCGGAGAGGAGAUAUGAUUAUAAACGCGUCUACAUAACACUUAGACUCCGGUCCGACAGCAGCAGUACACUCCGGUCCUGGAGCUGCCAUGUCCCGGCCUGCUGUCUGACUGUAAGAUAAUGGCUGCAGAGCUGUAUCCCACCAAGAAGCUGGUCCCCUCCACCUCAGCGAGCAGCACCGCCACCUCUUCCUCCUCCUCAUCCUCCAUCCAGCAGUACCAGCAGCAGAACCAGACCAACAACAACUCCAGCAACCAGAGCUGCUGCAACUGGCAGGGCCUAUACCCGACCAUCCGGGAGAGGAAUUCAGUCAUGUUCAACAAUGAGACGAUGGCAGAUGUUCACUUUGUGGUCGGACCACCUGGCGGGACGCAGCGAGUACCAGGACAUAAGUACGUCCUGGCCGUCGGCAGCUCCGUGUUCCACGCCAUGUUUUAUGGAGAACUGGCCGAGGAUCAGGAAGAGAUCCGGAUCCCUGACGUGGAGCCGCCGUCGUUCCUCGCCAUGAUGAAGUAUAUCUACUGCGAUGAGAUCGACCUCUGCGCUGACACGGUGCUCGCCACCCUGUACGCCGCUAAAAAGUACAUCGUACCUCACCUGGCGCGGGCCUGCGUCAACUUCCUGGAGACCAGCCUGAGCGCCAAGAACGCCUGCGUGCUUCUGUCCCAGAGCUGCCUGUUUGAGGAGCCCGACCUGACGCAGCGCUGCUGGGAGGUGAUCGAUGCUCAGGCCGAGCUCGCCCUCCGCUCCGAGGGUUUCUGCGACAUCGACUCUCAGACGCUGGAGAGCAUCCUGAAGCGGGAGACUCUCAACGCCAAAGAGAUGGUGGUGUUCGAGGCGGCGCUGAACUGGGCCGAGGCGGAGUGUCAACGCCAAGAUCUGUCGCCGACGAUCGAGAACAAACGCUUGGUUCUGGGGAAAGCCAUCUACCUGAUCCGCAUCCCCACCAUGGUGCUUGAGGACUUUGCAGACGGAGCGGCGCAGUCCGGCGUGCUCACGCUCAACGAAACCAACGACAUCUUCCUGUGGUUCACCGCCGCCAAGAAGCCCGAACUCUUGUUUUGCAGCAAAGCUCGUAAAGGUUUGGCGCCGCAGCGUUGCCACCGCUUCCAGUCGUGCGCCUACAGGAGCAACCAGUGGCGAUACAGAGGGCGCUGCGACAGCAUCCAGUUCGCCGUGGACAAACGGGUCUUCAUCGCGGGAUUCGGUCUGUACGGAUCCAGCUGCGGCUCGGCAGAAUACAGCGCUAAGAUCGAGCUGAAGCGCCAGGGCGUGUCCAUGGCUCAGAGGAACAUCAAGUACUUCUCUGACGGAUCCAGCAGCACGUUCCCCGUCAGCUUCGACUACCCGGUGCAGAUCGAGCCCGACACUUUCUACACCGCCAGCGUGGUGCUGGACGGGAACGAGCUCAGCUACUUCGGGCAGGAGGGCAUGACGGAGGUUCAGUGCGGGAAAGUGACCUUCCAGUUCCAGUGCUCCUCGGACAGCACCAACGGCACCGGGGUGCAGGGAGGACAGAUCCCCGAGCUCGUGUUCUACGCCUGAGACGAGCAGAGACUCCUGCUUCACUGCCAUGGACACUUUUACUUUGAACGUGUGGAGACGAGUUGUGUUUUUCUUCGGAGGGACGGACUCCUGGAGUUCCAGCUGAGCCAUAGAGUGGUGCAGUGACGAGUCCUAAAACCAGGAAGUGAGUUAGCAUUUUACCACUUCCUGUUCCCUCGUCUCA